AUGGAUGGAAUUUAUCUCAAGAAUGAGAUUCCAGACUAUAUGCCUCAACUUCAAACAUUCAGCUUUAAUAUUAUCACUCGUACUAACGUCACUGCUUAUGUUAAUGAUCAAUUAUAUGAAGACAUUCGAUGCACUUUUCUCAAUGGGAAAUUUCAUCAAGUUGAUUUUUACUUAGAUCAAUAUCCAGAUGGAAUGGCUCGAUCUCACAUAUAUUCACUUCCAUACAGGAUGAAUGUCAUGAGGGCUAUUAGAAGUACAUUUUCUGGAGGUUUAUUUACAAAUGUUCGUGCUAUAUCGUUGCCGGAUCUUUUUUGUCCCUUUAAGCACAAAAUCUAUGAUCGAAUUGCUCAUUCUUUUCCACGUCUAACUGAUCUAAUCGCUUUCAACCACAAACCACGAAAUUAUAAACCAUCACAUGAAGCAAAAAAGAAUAAUCAAAUGUCGUCGGUUAUUGUAUUUCCUCAUCUCACGCAUAUCGAAAUAUGUUUUGGGAAUAUUAAUAUUGCAGAACAACUUUUAGUUGAUAUCAACAUGCUUUUGCUGCAUCUUAUUAAUCUUACAAUUCCCUACUCAUGUAUAGAUGAAGUCACAGAAGACUUUACACGUGACGCAACACGUUGGAAUUGUGCUAAUAUAAAACGUUUAAAUUUUAAUCGGGUAUCAUUGGUGCAUUGCAAAGAAUUUCACUUAUAUUUUCCUGAUUAUAAAUAG